GUUGCCAGGAUUGCACACCUAACACCCAGUGUUCUGACAACGGAGGCUUCUGCUACUCCAGCCAGAGUGCCUACUCGUGCUCAGGCAAUAUCUACCAAGAAGGAUGCAGUGAAACAACCUGUCACUGUUGUAUUAAUGAUACUUCCCUCUGUAUUGAAUUACCCGCCUGUGAAAGUGCUGGUGGAACAUGCAUGAAACCAGACGAAUGGAAUACUUGUGUUGGAGAGGUUGACUCAACUGACUGCCUUGGCACUGAUUGUGCCUGUUGCAAGCCAGGGGUUUGUACACCAAAACCCAUCUGUCAGACCAACGGCGGUUACUGCUUCGACACCACUAGUGGUCAUGUAUGCAGUGGAACCCAGUAUGACGAUGGGUGUGAUGGUACAGCAACCUGUUCCUGUUGUUUCCCAGAUCCCAAUGUUUGUAUCGAAUUAGAUGCAUGUGGUGGCGACCGUGGCACAUGUAUGAAAGAUUCUGCCUUGGCAACAAGUUGCUUUGGCGUACCAUAUCCAGAACAUUGCCUAGGAAACGAUUGCGUUUGUUGCCAGGAUUGCACACCUAAUACCCAGUGUUCUGACAACGGAGGCUUCUGCUACUACAGCCAGAGUGCCUACUCGUGCUCAGGCAAUAUCUACCAAGAAGGAUGCAGUGAAACAACCUGUCACUGUUGUAUUAAUGAUACUUCCCUCUGUAUUGAAUUACCCGCCUGUGAAAGUGCUAGUGGAACAUGCAUGAAACCAGACGAAUGGAAUACUUGUGUUGGAGAGGUUGACUCAACUGACUGCCUUGGCACUGAUUGUGCCUGUUGCAAGCCAGGGGUUUGUACACCAAAACCCAUCUGUCAGACCAACGGCGGUUACUGCUUCGACACCACUAGUGGUCAUGUAUGCAGUGGAACCCAGUAUGACGAUGGGUGUGAUGGUACAGCAACCUGUUCCUGUUGUUUCCCAGAUCCCAAUGUUUGUAUCGAAUUAGAUGCAUGUGGUGGCGACCGUGGCACAUGUGUGAAAGAUUCUGCCUUGGCAACAAGUUGCUUUGGCGUACCAUAUCCAGAACAUUGCCUAGGAAACGAUUGCGUUUGUUGCCAGGAUUGCACACCUAAUACCCAGUGUUCUGACAACGGAGGCUUCUGCUACUACAGCCAGAGUGCCUACUCGUGCUCAGGCAAUAUCUACCAAGAAGGAUGCAGUGAAACAACCUGUCACUGUUGUAUUAAUGAUACUUCCCUCUGUAUUGAAUUACCCGCCUGUGAAAGUGCUGGUGGAACAUGCAUGAAACCAGACGAAUGGAAUACUUGUGUUGGAGAGGUUGACUCAACCGACUGCCUUGGCACUGAUUGUGCCUGUUGCAAGCCAGGGGUUUGUACACCAAAACCCAUCUGUCAGACCAACGGCGGUUACUGCUUCGACACCACUAGUGGUCAUGUAUGCAGUGGAACCCAGUAUGACGAUGGGUGUGAUGGUACAGCAACCUGUUCCUGUUGUUUCCCAGAUCCCAAUGUUUGUAUCGAAUUAGAUGCAUGUGGUGGCGACCGUGGCACAUGUGUGAAAGAUUCUGCCUUGGCAACAAGUUGCUUUGGCGUACCAUAUCCAGAACAUUGCCUAGGAAACGAUUGCGUUUGUUGCCAGGAUUGCACACCUAACACCCAGUGUUCUGACAACGGAGGCUUCUGCUACUACAGCCAGAGUGCCUACUCGUGCUCAGGCAAUAUCUACCAAGAAGGAUGCAGUGAAACAACCUGUCACUGUUGUAUUAAUGAUACUUCCCUCUGUAUUGAAUUACCCGCCUGUGAAAAUGCUGGUGGAACAUGCAUGAAACCAGACGAAUGGAAUACUUGUGUUGGAGAGGUUGACUCAACUGACUGCCUUGGCACUGAUUGUGCCUGUUGCAAGCCAGGGGUUUGUACACCAAAACCCAUCUGUCAGACCAACGGCGGUUACUGCUUCGACACCACUAAUGGUCAUGUAUGCAGUGGAACCCAGUAUGACGAUGGGUGUGAUGGUACAGCAACCUGUUCUUGUUGUUUCCCAGAUCCAAAUGCGUGUGUCGAAUUAGAUGCAUGUGGUGGCGACCGUGGCACAUGUGUGAAAGAUUCUGCCAUUGCAACAAGUUGCUUUGGCGUACCAAAUCCAGAACAUUGCCUAGGCAACGAUUGCGUUUGUUGCCAGGAUUGUACCCCUAAUACCCAGUGUUCUGACAACGGAGGCUUUUGCUACUAUAGUCAGAGUACCUACUCGUGCUCAGGCACUAUCUACACACAAGGAUGCAGUGAGCCUGAAUGUCACUGCUGUAUUAAUGAUACUUCUCUCUGUGUCCAUCUGCCUGAAUGUGAUGGUACUGGAUCAUGCAUGAAACCUGCAGACUGGAGUAGCUGUAAUGGCUCAAUUGACUCCACCAAAUGCCUUGGGGAUACCUGUGCCUGCUGCAAUCCAGGAGACUGUAUACCAGCUGCCGGCUGCACCGACAAUGCUGGUUACUGUUAUGACUUGUCAAGCAGUCAUGUAUGCAAUGGCAAUUCGCACCCUGCAUUAUGCAACAACACAAACUGUGCCUGCUGUAUUGCACAACCCGCAACCUGUGGAACUGAUAGCCUGUGCACUGCUCAAAAGGGUUCCUGCUACAACGAAUUAGAUAGCACCUAUGUCUGUACUGGCACCACUGAUGCAACCCUAUGUGCUGGUGCAACUUGCACUUGCUGCAUUCCAACAUCGGGAUCUUCAGAAUCUUCAGAAACAGAAUCUUCAGAAACAGAUGAUUCAGAAACAGAAUCUUCAGAAACAGAUGAUUCAGAAACAGAAUCUUCAGAAACAGGUGCAUCAGAAAUAGGUGAUUCAGGACCGGGAAAUUCAGAAACAGAUUCUUCAGAAACAGGAUCUUCAGAAAAGGGAUCUUCAGGACCUGGAUCUUCAGGACCGGGAUCAUCAGGACCGGGAUCUUCAGGACCGGGACCUUCAGGACCGGGAUCUUCAGGACCGGGAUCUUCAGGACCGGGAUCUUCAGGACCGGGACCUUCAGGACCGAGACCUUCAGGACCGGGAUCUUCAGGACCGCGACCUUCAGGACCUAGAUCUUCAGAAACGGGAUCUUCAGGACCUAGAUCUUCAGGACCGGGAUCUUCAGGACCGGGAUCUUCAGGACCGGGAUCUUCAGGACCAGUUCAUAAUCCAGGAAUACCUCCAUAUAUUCCUCCACGAGGCAAACCUGCGUUUCUUAGCGAAAAAUAUAUUCAAGCUCCUCUGAAUCUUUUUUAAUACGAAAAAGUGGGAAUUUCUGGACCCCAAAGGCUGGAAAAGUUUCGUUUAGUUAAUGCUUCAAUGAAUCACUUUGGUAACCUCUGAUAAGUGCUCUUAAAUUCAAUUUUGUGCAUCACUAAUGCAUUUCAUCACCUGUUCAAAAGCACAUUUCUCUGCCAAUAAAGCAAAAUUUUA